CACAGCCGCGCACUGGAGAUCAGCGUAAACUCUAUUCAUCAGUGCAGAUACGCUGCAUUCUAGCUGACGCGCCCAGCCACACUACUCGCCUAAGAAAAUGACUUUGAAGGCUGAAUUUGAGCAAUAUGCAGAGAACGUAAAGAAAGUGAAGACCAGACCUACAGACCAAGAGCUGCUGGAUUUGUACGGCCUCUACAAGCAAGCCAUCGUUGGGGACAUUAAUACUGACAAACCUGGAAUAACGGAUUUGAAGGGGAAAGCCAAAUGGGAAGCAUGGAAUUCAAGGAAAGGUAUGUCAAAUGAUGACGCCAUGAAUGCCUACAUUUCCCUGGCCAAGGAAGCCAUUGAAAAGUAUGGAAUGUGAUUGGGGAAAACAUCUACUUAAUAGUUUUAAGUAGAUAUUAAAGUUUCACUAUGAAAAAGCUGUAAGAUUAAAACAUUAAUCUAGGAUUUUUAAACCUUUUUUUCUUAUGUGAUCUAGAUUAACAGAUUAAAAGAUUAAUUUCAUAGAGAUACCUCUCAUCUCUAUCUCAUUACAAGUCAGGUGAGACCUAAAGAUGUAAGAAUAUAAUCUUGUAAUUAAAUAAAGUUGCCAAAUAUGG